AUGGUAGGAACAAAUCAUAGGCGCAGUCGCACCAAAUUCACAGAAGAUCAGUUGAAAAUCCUCAUCAAUACCUUCAAUCAAAAGCCUUACCCAGGUUAUGCUACCAAACAAAAACUUGCUUUAGAAAUCAACACAGAAGAGUCCAGAAUCCAGAUUUGGUUUCAGAAUCGAAGAGCUAGGUUCGGAUUCCAGAAAACACCAGGACCUAAGACUUUAGAAUCAAGCCAAAGCCAUGGGCAAGACCAACCUGAUAUGGAGCUUCAAAGUAGAGAAGCCAGACGGUGUCGGACCAUCUACAGCACCUCUCAAUUACGCACUCUCAUCGAGGCAUUUAUGAAAAACCCAUACCCUGGGAUUGAUUGCAGAGAACAACUUGCUAAGGAAAUUGGUGUUCCAGAGUCAAGAGUCCAAAUUUGGUUCCAAAAUCGAAGAUCUAGAUUUCAUCUCCAGAGAAAAAGGGAAGUUGUGUCCUUGGAGCCAGAAGACCAGGGCAAGAUUUCUGAGGGACUGCAAGGUGCAGAGGAUACACAAAAUGGCACCAACUUCCCUAGCAACUCUCAUUCCUCUAGAGCCAGAACAUGGUGAACAUGUUCAAGUUCAGCAUACUUUAUAUUAUCAGUUGGGCCCCAAAUCUCUCGCAUUCUGGGGGAAAAAAGUUGCCCA